AACGGGCAGCUGAUCGCCGCGAUAUCCGAGGGCCUUUACAUCGACGGUAGUGUGAAGGCGAUGCGGGAGAUCGACUACCGCCCACUCGAAGGGACGCAGGGCCAGAUCCGCGCAGUCGUGCCGCGCAGCAUCUUCGCGGACCAGAUUGCUGAGAUGGCGCGCGUGAUGAACGUUACGGCAGAGCAUCCGGACGAGCUGUUCCAGAACGUGCGAGACGCUCUCGCGCAGGCGCCUUCAGGCGGUCGUGGGUAUGACUACGAUGCGUACGUCGACAUCGCGAAUCACAUUUCAAGGGUGUCCGAGGAGUCGGAUCCGGAUGCGCCGUGGUAUUUGCUCGACGGCACUGGGCUUUACCCCCUGUCGGGAGAUUUUGACACGAUGGGGUUCAGCGAAGUCGUGGACGUCGGCGCACGGUAUGCCGUUGGAGCCGCGACCGGGGGCGGCUGCCGCUGCGGGUACGUGGUGCAGCUAGCAAAGCCGAACGGAGCCCCGGGCAUUGUGCCCAGAGAGGCGGAGUACGUGCAGGCUGCAGCGCGUCCGUCGCUUGUGGAUCGCACAGUCUCAGCGCCUAGCCCGAAUGAGUUUGUCGAGCACGACGGAGGCGAAUCCGCGCUCGGCCAUGAUUUGAAGGUCGGCCUGCAAUGGUGCGAUUUUGUCAAAGCUGUCCGUUACGUGGCAAAUAUUGGCGACGUCUCGAAUGACGCGGUCGGGCCGCUUUCCACUCCGGGGUGUGCGCGCAUGUCGCGGCUCUUCAAGUGCGCCGUGAUAGACACGUGCAACGCGAUUGACAGCACCGGGAUAACGUCGUUGCCAGAGUAUCUCGAGUUCAGCGGCUUUACCGAGAAGGUUGAAGCUCCUGUCGGCAUGCGCGUCGCGGUGACUUUGGUGUCACCCGCAGCACUCGGCCCGGCGCUUGCGCGCGCCGCGUCCUUCGUGGUCAACCACGCGGGAGCGUCUUUGGCCAGGGCGGCCCCGAUAUUCACGGAGCAGGAGAUUACUGCGGGAGGGCAGACUUUCGUGCGCCACACGAAGAUCGAUAUCCCGGUGGUCGCAAAGCUUGCGGCAUCGCCCGCAGAGCGCGCGACCAUUGACAGGCUCAACGCUGCGCUGCGCACUGCCGCUCUUCGCGAUCCGGGUCAGCUCAGCGAUUUGGCGAUGACACCGGUUGUCGUCGGGUGCGCCAGGCGUGGGCAGGUGCCGUGGGAUCUCAAUGUGGGCUUCAACGACGUUCGCAUGCCACUGCGUGCGACGGCGAUCGACAAGUUGGUUGACAAGCUUGUGAGCCUCGGGCGGAUUGACAAUUCUCCCGAGACGAUGGGGCACGUCAAGCUGAUGCUGCACGCGUUUAGCAACGCCGGGAACCUUCACGCCACUUUGAGGAGGAUUAAGGAUAUCUCCCUCAUGGAGAGCCCGACCGACGAGGAGAUCGCCGAGGGAGCUGAUGCGCUGACCGCAGUGAUGUGGACGGUCGAACCGGCAACGAUCGUCUUCGACGACGUGGAAUCCGAGGUUUACUACAAGAGGCUGGACACGUCCGCGGCUAACGCCGUCGCGUUGCAGAGCGAUCACAGGUGCACUGCAAGCGCAGUGCACAACGCGCCGGAUAGAACAGUUGUGACGCUGGAGCCCGGCACGGAGAGGUUCACUAUUGGCGUUCCGCUGGCCUCCGACAAUUCACUAUUCGUUGGGGCCAAGACUCGUACGAACAACACUGCCGAACUGUCAGCUGCGAUCGAAAGUUUGUUUUGGAUACUCGCCGACUGCCCUGUUCAGGGCGCGGCGCAGCUGUCCACUGGUGAUCCGGUUACCUUGCACUGCGAUUCCAAAUAUGUGAUCGGCAUCCUCACCGGGAAGUUUCAGCCUAAAGAGAACGUAGGCCUGGCACUCUUGGCUGGACACCUCUGGGCACGGGCGAGGAGCAGACGGGACAUCCAGGUCGUUUGGGUCAAAGGUCACAGUGGCGAUUAUGGCAACGAUUGCGCCGAUGAUGCAGCGAGGCGCGGAGGAGACAGGGACAUGCACGCGGAGCACUGGACCCGGCCGUUCUACUUGUCUGACUGGGGCGAGUCCGCCUUCUACGACGCUGUUGCUGAGAGGGCCGACGACUCCGCAGCAUGGGGGCACUUGCCGGACAUAUCUGGAUUUACGGCGUCUGUCGUCAACGUCGCGCUCCAGUGCGGCAGCAGACCGAAGAGGAAUAGAGUGCAGCUCCCAGCAAACGACCCUGAUAUCAUGCUUGUGAAGACUUUGGUGGCGGAGCGCCGCGACGUGCGCGAUCCAACACAUCGACGAAAGCUCUCGCUGGCUAUUUGCCGUGUGCGGCGCAGAAUCCGCAAGAGGCAACGAGCCUUGGAGUGCGAGCAGGCUGCCAGCGGCAGGGGCAGCACCGCCGUGCGCGGAAACCGACGAGGUGCCGGCAUCCAGUAUCUCUGCCAGGACGCUCCCGAAGGGCAAGGGGAGAAGAUCAACUCUGUGUCCGGCAUGGCUUCGAUGCUCACGACCUUCUUCCGUGACCUUUUCCAUGGCGAGGCCGAGCAGCAGGCGCCGCAGUGGGCGCUUUUGCAGUGGCGGCCCGAGGACUUGACCGCGCUCCCUCAGCUGAACGGCGCACUCGUGCGACAAGCAGUGCUUCAAUUGGGGAUCUUGAACGUGGGCCCGUGCGCCGACGACGGGGCAUGGGGCGUCCACGUGGUCAAACUUCUCCAGAAAAAGGCCUUCAAACAUAGAGUCCGUGACUUUCGCCCGAUCGCCAUUUUGCCGGUGCUCUACAAGGUAUAUUCCAAAGUGCUCUUGAUCAUGGCCGGGGAUGGCGUGGACAAGCUCAUGGCACCGCAAUUCGCCUUCAGGCGGCAUCAUCAGGCGCACGAGGUGGUUUACAUACUCCGCAGCUUGGUUGAAAAGUCUCUGGAGUGGGAUCUCCCUUUGUUCGUGCUGGACGGGGACCUGCUGAAGGCGUACGAUUACACGAAGCACUCGACUUUGCUAGCCGGCCUGGACGCUAAGGGCGUGCCGCGGAUCUUAUCAGCAGCUUGGUUGCGAGAGAUUCGCAGAUCUGGUUCCAUCUUCGCUCUGAGCGAGGACAUCGUCUCCGACUGCGUGCGGCGAUCUAGGUCACUCCUGCAGGGCGAUCCCGCAGCCCCAGUCUUGUUCAACGUGGCGCUUGAAAUCCCGGCGGCCAAGUUUUGCGCACUGGCCGAGCGCAUGGACUGGGGGUUCCAGCUGGACGGAGGCGUCGAGGUUGGUGACAGGAAGCUGACCAGGGCUAAACGGGGCGAGGGCUUCAAAGUGCUCGGCACGGUGCUCACAUUCGACAACAAUGCGGAGGCGCCGCUUUCCGAGAGGCUCAAGUUGCUGCAGUCGCUUGUCUCCACGUCUCUCUUCUGGUGUUGUGGCAGUUGGAACUUGACGGCCCAGCAACGGUCCGAGAUCCGAGGUGUGCAACAAGCCAUGUUGAGAAGAAUGAUGCCGUUGAGACGGUGGCCCUCCGAAACACUGAGCAACUUCAUGCACCGAUUGGGCCUCAGAGUGCAGACCGUGAAGAAGACGAAUGGCUUCCAGAAUUGGGACUCCAUUUAUCUACAACGCAUGUUUUCGUGGGCUGGGCAUGUGGCUCGGCUUCGGGACUACGACCCGGACCGUAUUACGUUCCUUGUGCUGCAAUACAGGAAUUUCAAGUGGAUCCGGGACAGAGCGCGCCGCAACGGGGGCAACCAGAUGCACGGGCGAAAGGUCCGCGUCUGGCGCUGGGAGCACAGCGUGGACAGCUUCUUCAAGGGAUCAGAGUG